GGACAGCUCAGCCCUUGAUCCUAUGGAGUGUAUGGACACGGCAGAAGAACAGAGAGUACACAGUCCUCCAGCCUCAUUAGUCCCCAGAAUCCAUGUGAUUUUGGCACAGAAAUUACACAACACAUUAACCCAUUACUGCCUGCCUGCCUUAAUGAAGAGGAGAGUAAAACCUUUGUUUCUAAUUUCAUGUCUGAGCUGUCACCAGUGAGAGCAGAGUUGCUUGGGUUCCUCACCCACGCGCUCUUGGGAGACAGUUUGGCUGCUGAAUACCUUAUAUUGCAUCUCAUCUCUACAGUUUAUGCAAGACGAGAUGUGCUUCCUCUGGGAAAAUUCACAGUCAACUUGAGCGGAUGUCCAAGAAAUAGCAUCUUCACAGAGCACAUAUACCGCAUUAUCCAGCAGCUUGUUCCAGCAUCCUAUCGCCUACAAAUGACCAUUGAAAACAUGAACCAUUCACGAUUUAUCCCACAUAAAGACUACGCAGCUAAUCGCUUAGUCAGUGGAGUAUUGCAGCUUGCCAGCAACACUUCCCUUGUAGUAGAUGAGACUCAGCUUGAACAAGGACAGCUUGACACAACAGGUGUACAUAAUGUGACAGCACUGGGUAAUCUGAUAACUUGGCAGAAGGUGGAUUAUGACUUCAAUUACCACCAGAUGGAAUUCCCAUGCAAUAUUAAUGUUCUUAUCACUUCAGAGGGCCGAUCACUCCUACCGUCAGAUUGCCAAGUCCACUUACAACCACAGAUAAUUCCACCAAACAUGGAAGAGUAUAUGAACAGCCUCCUAACAGCAGUGCUCCCUUCUGUGUUGAACAAAUUCCGAAUUUAUCUAAGUUUAUUGAGGCUGCUGGACUAUAGUAUAUCUGAUGAAGUGACCAAGGCAGUAGAAGAAGACUUUGUAGAAAUGCGCAAGAAUGACCCUGAGAGCAUAACAGCUGAUGAUCUGCACAGAACUCUGCUUGUAGCAAGGUUCCUGUCUCUCAGCGCGGGGCAGACAACGCUGUCAAGAGAGAGGUGGCUGAGAGCAAAACAGCUGGAGGCAUUACGUAAAGCCAGACUUCAGCAGCAAAAAUGUGUUAAUGGGAAUGAACUUUAAUAUUUUGUGGAUGUCGCUAUGAAAAUUUGUCUAAUCCUAGAUGGAACCCAUACUAAGAUUGGAAUAUUGUUUAUACCAGUUUUUGUAGAUAAUUUAUACCAAAAAGUUAUGGAUAUUUACCCUUGCAGUCUGAACACACUUAACUCUGUUCAGCCAGUUAAACAUAUUUUAUGAAAUUUUUUUGGAGCCUGUUUUGUAAUUGAAAAUUGGUAACAAUGAGCAAAUUGUUUGAUAUUAAACUUUAAUACUGAA